AUGGAGGAGGAGGCCGCGGACCUCCGCGCGGAGGUCCGCCGCGCGCGAGAAGCGCGCGAAGCCCGCGAGCGCGUCCGCUCCGCGCUCGGCACCGCCAUCGCGGGCGUCGGCCUCGCGCUCGGCGGGGGAGAGCGCGCGGACGCGGACGGACGAGGAGCAGGAGGUCGCGUCGGGGCGGCCGCCGGGAUCGCGUCGUCGCCCUCCGACGACGACGCGAUCGAGCGCGCGUGGAACGCGCCGCCGCGACGACCGGACGACGACAGCGACUUGCUCUCGGACGCCGCGCUGAGAAGGAUCGUGGACAGGAUAUACCGCGAGCAAGUCGCGGCGACGCGACUCGCGCGCGUCGCCGGGGAGGGGGGCGAAGAAGAUGAGGGCGCGGAGCGACCGACGCGUCGAAGUCGAGCCGCCGCGCGAGGAGACGAGCGCUACCGACGCGCGCGGCGACCGCUCAGCGCGGAGGAGUUCGACGCGCUGCCGUCGUUGAGAUACGGCGAGGAGGAGGACGCGGCGAAGGAGGAGGAGGAGGAGGAGGAGGAGGAGGCGGACGCGGCGACGACCGAGCCGACCGAGCCCGCCGUCGCGUCGCCGCCGCCGCCGCCGCCGGAGGAUUGCGUCAUCUGCGCGUGCGCGUUCGCCCCCGCGGACGCGCUGAAACGACUCCCGUGCGGACACAGUGGGUUCCACGUGGACUGCAUCCGCGCGUGGCUGUCGCGCUCGCCGACGUGCCCGCUGUGCAGGUGCGCGUGCCGCGCGGCGCCGCCGCCGCGGACGCGCGACGACGACGACGACGACGGCGACGACGACGACGACGACGACGACGACGACGGCCCGCCGUCGCUCACGGACGCGUCCUCGCUCGCGGACGACGAUUUCGUCUCCACCGAGCACCUCGCGGAGCUGCAGAGCAUGCACGCGGAGGAGAGCGCGUGGCUGGACCGGUUAGAAUCGCAGCCGCGCGCGCGGUUGUACGACCGACUGUACGACCUUCCCGCGGCGGUGGCGGCGGCGGCGGAAGAUGGAACGCCAACCGACGCCGACGCCGCCGCCGGCGCGGAGGACGCCGCGCGGACGGUCGCGGCGCGGACGGAGGCGGCGAGAGCGCGCGGCGGCGCGGGGGAUGCGAGCUUGGACGCGGGCGCGGCGGCGAGGGCGAGGGAGGAGGGACGCGGAGGACGAAGACGCGGCGAGCGCGCGCCGCCGCCGGGUCCGCCGGGUCGGAGGGUCGAUCGCGUGGAGCUCCCGCUGACCACGGCCGCGCUCGAGCGAGACCGCCGGUCUCGCGCGAGCGCCGCCGACGCGCUCGAGCGAUGGAGAGGGUCGGAGGGCGCGUCGUGA